AAAAAAAAAACAAGUUGGACUUUGAUCUUAAAGACAAACAUAUCAAACAAAUCGAAAAAAAUAAGGUUUCUGGUCGUGUCUUCCUGAAAUUAACUCAAGAAAAGCUUAUAGUUCAUCCUUACAACUUUUCUG